AUGAAACUGUUCCCCAAUUACACCCCACCGAUUCCACCCCAUCACAACAGCAGCAGCAGCAACAACAACAGCAGCAGUAGCGCAACGACAGCGACGACGACAGCUUCCGCCAACUUCUCGACAUUGUCCAACAAUGUCAACAACCAUCACUACCAUCAAAUCACCUACCAGACGCAAACCCUCGCACCGCUUCGCCUGAACCAGGACCACUUUAACUCGAAAACGAACACCCUCGGCGGUGGCCCGAACGGCCUUCCCAACGGCCGACCGAAAUAUCAGACCCAUCAUCAUCACCAUCACCACCACAGCCUCCACGAGCAACAGCAUCCCUCGCCGCAUCCGCACCAUCCCCACCACGAGCUGCCCUCGGACCACGAGAUGGACGUGGACGGUUGCAGCGCCAGCAUCGUCAGUGGCUGCGAUAAUGAGGAUGACAGCAAUAGUGCGACCACAUCACCCCCGCACAGCCCGUCCUUGCCGACGCCGCCGGAGCUGCCGAUCCGGAACGGCCUAGUGGCGGCGAAUUACAAUGUAAAUACACUUAAUCACAUCGUCGUCGGCAACGGUGGCGGCAGCGUUGGUGGCGAUGGCAAAAUGUCGGCCUCGGUAGCGGUGACAGCGGGAGCAGUAGCGGGAGGUCGCAAGACGAUGCGGCACUAUCACUGAUGCGGACAAGGGAGAGCAGAGCUGGUUCCCUAGAAGGGGACAAUCGGAAGUGUGUUGUACAGACUAUUUAACGUGAUUGUGAUUCUUUUUCUAACUAAAAUAUGUAACGAGAAAGGCAACGCUCUGUAUUAUAAUGGAUUAGGAAUUGAGGUUGGCUGGCUUUUCCGGGCAGGUGCCAUCUUUUCGAGGACGAGUAUCGCUGUAAGCGUAGGAUGAAAUGGAGUGGAAUCAGAUGGCGAUGGAUUAGAAUACAGUUGAUUCAAAACUCUUGUUUUGAGAGUAAACAAACUUUUGAAUGGCAAACGAUGCAAUAGACAUCGGACUCUAAAAUAAAACCGUGAAAAACUAAAAACACUAAAUUUGCAUUUUUGGACUUUUGGUUCUUAAUGAAUUUACUCCACUGUGCUAGUUCACGAUUAAAUUUGAACACAUAAGUUUUGGAAUAAAACAAAGUAGCUGUCAGCUUAAUCCAGGAUAUAUUUUUAUUUAUAUAUUUAUAUAUUAAAGGCUGACUAAAAGCAAAUUGGUACGCACAAAAAGACCUGUAAUUCGUGAUUCAAUAAGUUUAAAAAGCCCAUUAAUGGUUGCUUUACAGUACUUUUAUUAAAAAUUCAAAGUUACAGCAUUAGAUGGUUACAUUUCUACAGUUCGUACGAAAUCUCGAAACUUCCUCUUGAUGGAGCCUAUCAGUGCCCGCGCAGUGGAAAAGGACACGGAAUCAGCGCAUUUC